AUGUCACACAACGCAAACCCGCUUUCGAUAAAAGUCUCGUCAGAACCCAACGGCAGCGUCCCCGGCUUCUUGCACCUCCCACUCUCCACCUCGCCCACACCCGCCACCACCACCGGCGUCAUCUUCCUCUCUGGCGCAGGCGGCGGCGUCGUCAAACUAGCCUCCCUCCCACAUCCCAUGGCCGCGCUCCCGCCUCGACUACCGCUUCCCAGCACGCACACCGCACUGCGUCCGCGACGUCCUCGCCGCGAUGCGCAAACUCCAAGAUACAUACCGUAUAUAUCCUCUUUCGUGCUGGUCGGCUGGUCCUUCGGCAGCGCACCCGUGUUCACAGUCGCAAGUCGCGAUGCGCGCGUCGUGGGCUGCGUGGGAAUCGCGCCGCAGACUGCCGAGGCAGAUGGUGUAGCAUUGCUCGCUCCACGCCCUUUGUUGUUGCUACAUGGCACGGGAGAUUGCACGCUGAGUCAUGGGUGCUCGGAGAGCUUGGAGUUGAGGCUUUUUGAGGGAGAUGAUCAUGCGUUGACGGGGUGCGCACGCGAGGCGGAGCGGGUUGUGGCGGGGUUUGCGCUCGAGUGUGCGGGGGUGGGGGUGAGGGGGAAUGAGAGGGGGAUGGGUGAGGCCAUGGUGGGUGAGGAGGAGAGGGUGGAGUUGAUGUGGAAAGGGGGGGAUUUGAGGGAGGGAAGAAAGCGUGGACAUUUUGAUUUGAGCCUAAUCUAG